AUGUUACACUGCAUGGAUCAAACCGUACUCACUUCACAUUACAGCCCGACCGGCCCAGUCCUUAGAGCCAAUCCUUAUCCCGAAGUUACGGAUCUAAUUUGCCGACUUCCCUUACCUACAUUAUUCUAUCGACUAGAGGCUGUUCACCUUGGAGACCUGCUGCGGAUAUGGGAACCGUGGCGCUUUACGGAAACAACGUCCCUAUCUCCGGCUGAACCGAUUCCAGGGAGUCCGUUCCUUAACCAGAAAAGAGAACUCUGGCUCGGGCUUUCUUCAAUGUUUCCGAGUUCAUUUGCGUUACCGCGCUAA